AGAGGCUAGUGGCGAUACCUGUACUGGGCAAUGGUCAGCUUGGCCUCGGGCUCGGCCCCGAAGCCGGGCAAGUGCUGGCUGAGGUAGGCCUCCAAGGGCUUGCAGUCGAACUUGUGCUGCGGCAGCACUUCGCCGACUUCUGGCUCGCCGGAGGCUCGGUUCUCCAUGACGGCCGCCGCGGAACCCACAGAUACUUUCGGUGCCAGGAGGGGUUACUUUAUAGGCAAGUGGGCGUGGCCUGGGACGAGGCCCGCCUGCGCCCAGACGGCUCCAGCCAAUCACACACGAGUUCGGCACAGUUGCUGAGCAGCACAGGCCCGCUGAAUCCCGGUGAUUCCGGCUCCGCUUGGGAAAUGUCUGGAGAACCGCUCUCGUGUUCGGAUUUUAAACGAGCAGUCAGCCUCAGAAUCGGAGACCUCAGUUUUAAAGACAGCAAAGCCGCGACCGUCGCGACCGGCAAAUAAGAAGGCAGAGGCCUCUGCCACCUCUACACCUGUUGCGGAAGACCUAUAGCGUCCGCUUCUGAAAAGGGUCCGUUUGGACCUCGAGCCCAGGAAUAAAAAGUUCCUGGUGUUUCUCUGAACCGCCUACUCGACAUGGCAAUAGCUCCGGCCGCCCGCUCUGGACGCUUAGGACCUCGGCAGGGCCUGGUCUCUUAGGACCCGGCAAAGGAGACAAGUUAGAAGGGGUGUGGUGUGUGUGUGUGUGUGUGUCUGAGGGAGUGAUGACUGCAACCGGAAGUGGUACCGCGGGACGCCGGCGGGAGUGGCGGAGACGUGUCUUUCUGUGAGGCGCUGGGAACAGGUCCUGGGCUAGAGGGGCCGGGGCGCUCGGUGCCGCCUUAGAUACUCCUUACGGGCCAGCAACCCCGUCAGUGUGGGGCGGCGGCGGCGGCGACGGCCGGGGCAGGGAGCGCUGACGGCCGGAGCCCCAGCCAUGGCCGAGUCUGUGGAGCGGCUGCAGCGGCGGGUUGAGGAGCUGGAGCGGGAACUGGCCCGAGAGAGAAGUCGGCGGGCCCUGGGGGGCGGCGACGGAGGCGGCGGCCGGGCCCGCAUCGAGAAGAUGAGCCCGGAGGUGGUGGACUCCAACCCCUACAGCCGCCUGAUGGCAUUGAAACGAAUGGGAAUUGUAAGCGACUAUGAGAAAAUCCGUACCUUUGCUGUAGCAAUAGUAGGUGUUGGUGGAGUUGGUAGUGUGACUGCUGAAAUGCUGACAAGAUGUGGCAUUGGUAAGUUACUACUCUUUGACUAUGACAAGGUGGAACUGGCCAAUAUGAAUAGACUUUUCUUCCAACCUCAUCAAGCAGGAUUAAGUAAAGUUCAAGCAGCAGAACAUACUUUGAGGAACAUUAAUCCUGAUGUUCUUUUUGAAGUACACAACUAUAACAUAACCACAGUAGAAAACUUUCAACAUUUCAUGGAUAGAAUAAGUAAUGGUGGAUUAGAAGAUGGAAAACCUGUUGACCUAGUUCUUAGCUGUGUGGAUAAUUUUGAAGCUCGAAUGGCAAUAAAUACAGCUUGUAAUGAACUUGGACAAACAUGGAUGGAGUCUGGGGUCAGUGAAAAUGCAGUUUCGGGGCACAUACAGCUUAUAAUUCCUGGAGAAUCGGCUUGUUUUGCGUGUGCCCCACCACUUGUAGUUGCUGCAAAUAUUGAUGAAAAGACUCUGAAACGAGAGGGUGUUUGUGCAGCCAGUCUUCCUACCACCAUGGGCGUGGUUGCUGGGAUCUUGGUACAAAAUGUGUUAAAGUUUCUGUUAAAAUUUGGUACUGUUAGUUUUUACCUCGGAUACAAUGCAAUGCAGGAUUUUUUUCCUACUAUGUCCAUGAAGCCAAAUCCUCAGUGCGAUGACAGAAAUUGCAGGAAACAGCAGGAAGAAUAUAAGAAAAAGGUAGCAGCACUGCCCAAAAAGGAGGUUGUUCAAGAAGAGGAAGAGAUAAUACAUGAAGACAAUGAGUGGGGUAUUGAGUUGGUGUCUGAGGUUUCAGAAGAGGAACUGAAAAAUUCUUCAGGUCCAGUUCCUGACUUACCUGAAGGAAUUACAGUGGCCUAUACAGUUCCCCAAAAGCAAGAAGAUUCUGUUCCUGAUGUAACAGUGGAAGAUUCUGGUGAAAGCUUGGAAGAUCUCAUGGCCAAGAUGAAGAAUAUGUAGAUAAUGGACUGGACUAUAUUUUAUUUUCUGUGUUUAAACCUAUUCCUUUGCAAUUAAAAAAAGUCAAUUUUAAAACUGACAAAACUUAGGACAACAUCAAUUGAUGUGUAUUCUUUGCUAAAUUGUUAUACUUUUUGAAAAUACUGUUACUGUUGCUUGUUGUUAUCUCACCCUCAACUAAAUCAAUAACUCUCCUAAAACUCAUGUUUCAUUCUAGUAAGAAAAUUUCAAAGGAUUAUUUUAGGCAAUUAUAAGUUUUAUUGAAACCUUAGCCAUUGAAAUGUUUUGGCCUUUUGUGAGGGAUGGAAGAAAGGACCAAUUUGAUGCUGUACACAUUCCUUUUCUUUCCAGUAAUCCUUUGUGGCUUGGGCCAUGGGCAAUAAAGCAGUAUGUGGUCCUGAAAUACAGGGAAAAGAGCAAGAGGUACAACCUGUUGAUUUGAGCUAGCAGGCCAUGUACUCACUGUUUUGGAAUUGUUCUCUACAAGAGAACUGCCCACUACUCCUAACUUGGCCAGCAAUGAAUUUAAAAUAGUUAACCUAUAAAAUAAUAACAUUCUCUGAAAUGUUUCCUGAUUACAAAUUGAAAUGUAGUCAGUGGAAAAGUUGUAAACUUGUGGAUUAUAUAUUCAAAAUCAGGCCACUAAAAGGAAGUUUUUUUCAUGGGUAGACAGAUAAAGGUACUUUGAGGAAGUGCAAAUUAUAUUUCUGCAUUGACCAAGGAAAUCAUUGCAUCUGUGGACAUAUACCUGGAAUCACUGUACUUUAUUGAGGAGUAAUGGAUAAAUUUAGGCUAAGAUUAGAUUAUACCCAUGAUAUGGGUUACCUUUAAAUAUUUUAUUUCACUUAAAUGUGAUUCCCCAGCUAAUUAAAUAUUGGAAAGGGUUUAUCCUGGAUAGGGCAUUAAUGAGGCCUAAAGUGCCUCUGAAAUGACUGAUAAUAUUUAUUUACUGGAAGAGUAUCAUUUUUCCAGAUCAUGACCUCUAAAUCAUAAAUUGAUAAAACUGUUUUUUCCUAGAGUUGUAUAUAAAUAACGAAGGCUUAGAGAGCCUUCGUUGAAAUAAAAUUCCAGUGGUUUGGAGACCAAUAUAAAAACA